UCUCCUCCUCCACUCUCCACCUCCCUGCUCCUUAGCAAACAGGCCAAGCCGAGUCACUGUUUUGGUUCCCCGUCAUGUCCCUUCCUGAAGAAACUACAGCCUGGGCCCUAUCCUUUGGGUCAUCCUAUGCCUGUCUGGAGCUAACUUUCAGUCACAUUUGUAACGGGAAUGAGGACUCUUGCUCAGGGAAAGUUCAGCUAGGCAGGGGCAGAGAGAACAGAAGACAGACCAGAGAAGGCAAGUUUGGGGACAGAGAGGGUCAGGGUACAAGGAGGUUUUGACAGGGCAGAGUGGGGUCCGGGUGCAGACAGGAGAGCCGGGCGCAAACAGAUCAGCGGAGCGGUAGCAAAGUGGUGACUUCCUUAGACCCAUGCUGGGGUUGAGGCCAGGGUCACCUGUCUUUUGGGGUGACCCACCCCUGGGGGAACCAGGCUGGGCUGGCACAGAAAGACACAGUACUCACUGUUGGCCAGAAGCAGAGAAGAGCGGUGGCAGACGAGAGCCCCGGGUGCCGUGCCCACCUCAGGCUGGGGCUGGAGCUCUGGGGGACUUGGCUGGGGGGCCGGGCCGGCAAGGACAGCUGCUACCGCUGAUGUCACAGAGUCAUGAGUGAAACCUGAGGACUGGGCCAAUCUUCAGCACCUCUGUGGACAGAGCCUCGGAUGUCACUGAGCCCCCCUCCUGGGUGGCCCUGUCUGAUUGUGGUUACAGAAUUUCUUGCUGGGCCUGCGACUCUCCACCUCUCAGCUCCCUCUGCAUCGGUGACAUGGAGAGCCACUUGAGACUCUGAGCAGUUUCUAAACCCAGACACUUCACUAACUUCCUGUCGGAAGAAUGCAUGCCUUGGAAACAGAAGACGGUGUUGUGGACUCCGGUACUGAACUGCCCAUCUCUGAGAGGGCAGUGAGUGGUUCACCUCCGCCAGGAAUUCAGCAAAUCUGCAGAGGAGAGACCUGCUGGAGCUGAUGAUGCUACAGAACGCACAGAUGCACCAGCUGCUACUGGGCCAACUGGUGGCAGAUGCCCUGAACCCAGGGCCAGAGUGGCCCAGCCCACCGGUCCACACCGACAGUCACGAGGAGCAGAUGGAGGAAGAGAUGGAGAUGCAGGAGCAAGAGCCUUUGGUUUACCACCAUCACUACUUGCCUUGCCCAGUGACUCCCUUGGGUCCCAUGUCACUCUGGCCAGCCUCCUUCCUCCCUGUUCCCCCACAUCAGCCUCCCUGGCAGGGUGAACCGAGAAUUCAGCACCAGCCCCCUGCCUCCAGGCAAGAGGAGGUGAGAGAUGUGCCCCCACCCCCACCCCCCAGUGCAACGGGGACUGUUGGUGCAGAUGUACCUCCAGCUUCAGACUACUAUGAUGCGGAGAGCCUGCCAUGAAGAUAGAUGUACACCAGGCCUUGUCACCUUCUGCACAGUGAUGCCAAACCCUGGAGCAACUCUGCACCCAUGCUGGCCCUUCUUACCCACUCUGCGCCCCCAACCCCAAGCCCUCAUCAGGCUCUCUACUGCCAUUUUGUGCUGGCUGUUCUGGAGUAAAGGCUCCUUUAAGCCCAACCAUGA